UCACCUACAGCGCUGGGAUCAGCGCGUGCGAGAAGGGCGAUCAGUGGCAACGGGCACUGGCGCUGCUCAGCGAGAUACGAGAGGCGACACUGGAACCCGACGUCAUCUUCGGCUACAACGCUGCGAUCAGCGCUUGUGAGAAGGGCGAGCAGUGGCAGCGGGCUUUGGCGCUGCUGGGCGAGAUGCGGGAGGCAAAGUUGGAACCCGACGUCAUCAGCUACAACGCUGGGAUCAGCGCGUUGGAGAAGGGCAGUGAGUGGCAGCGGGGACUGGCGCUGCUAAACGAAAUGUGGAGGGUGAAAUUGGAGCCCAGCUCAGCUACAACGCUGGGAUUAGCGCGUGCGCUAAGGGCGAGCAGUGGCAGAGGGCUGUGGGGCUGCUCAGCAUAA